CCUGAGCGAGGCAGCCGCGGCCGGCCAGUCCAGUACCGGUGCUGCCGGCAACGAGACGGGUCGCGGGGUUCGGAUUCGGAGACGGAGACAAAGCGAGAGCGAAGGGAGACGCGUUAUCGUCGAACAGCAGACCGGCAGUGGACCAUUAUGGGUGACAUUGGCGAUGUCAGCAAGGAGGAACUGUCCGUUCAGUUAGAAGAAAAUGCGGCCGCCCAAGGCGUCGAUCCUACCGUUCUGGCAGUUGUCAUCAUCGGGGUGCUGUGCGGAAUCGCGCUCCUGUUCACUAUGGCCGUCUUCAUGGACCGGAGAAGCAGGAAACUCAAGCCAGAGACAAGUCGAGGAUCAUCUGUAAACUCCACCAGGAUAACAAUUCUGGACGACAUGUGUCCCGAUCCAACAUCUGAUCCACCUGCAGUUCACAUGUCACAGCCUGGAACAUCAAGUGAAUGCUAGUGUGUAAACGAAAUAAGAGAUGUGAUAAGGACCCUGUGAUCUAUGGCUUUGCCUCUUCGAUUAUGAUUAUAAUUUAAGAAUUAGCAUUCUUUGCAAAAAUAUUGUAUUUUUCUCUUCUCAUUGACGAUAACAAUGAGAUUAGAAGUGCAUGUAUUUAAGUAAAUUUAAGAAAAACUUUAACCAAUUUAUACAGAAACUCACUUGUACCAAAGAAUAAAAAUAAAUAACAUUCUAGUCAAA